AGGAAAAGAUGUUGAACGCAACAUACAUCAUAAGUGUUGCAAGAAAGCUCGGAUGCUCAAUUUUUCUGUUACCUGAAGAUAUAAUAGAGGUAUACCAGAAAAUGAUGCUUAUAUUGGCUGCUAGCAUCAUGAACUGGAGCCUCCAGCAACAAUCCGACACUGAGUCGUGGGUCUCUGAUGAUUGUGACGUAAGCUCUCUGACAGAAGAAAUCUCCAUUUUGUCCAUAGACGAUGGCUCCUCAGAUGCCCAAAAUGAUGAAGAUGUAAAAUAACUUUCAACUUUAUUGCUAUCAUAUCAAAAGAGUAAA